AUGGCAGCAGAUCAUCCAUACGUGGUGCUCGAUCACCCGCCGACGGCCCGCUGCGAGUAUCCCGACUUUGCCACGCUUGGAAUUUGCACAGCUUGGGCAGCGGUCCAGAAAUGCCAGCCCUUUACGAGAACAUCUGCCCGAUGGGAUGAAUGGAAGGCUUCACUCGAUGCUACUUCCGUUAACCAGAGUUCGAUAUACGCGUCUGCGCCUGCUGAUUGCUCCUACUCUUACUCGAACCCGAGUGUGCUCCAAAUUACCCCAGACGGCCUAUAUCUAGCCCAUUUCAACAACGAGCUGCUGAGCAAGGCGGACGUGGAUAAACACCCAGGCGCAAUUGCCUCUAUCAUAACAGCGAAAUAUCCUUCUGACGAAGUGAUCUACACUGCCGCCAAUUCCAGUGAGUUUGAGCAGAAGCCUGAGAUCACACACUGCGUAGUGACGCUGUGUGAAAAGCCGUAUACCCGGAAUACUGCCACCAGCAGCAGCGGCACGCUGCAGCCAUCUAGGAGUCAACUUUUGAUUAAUGCCACUGUUUUCGGGACCAGUUCGUCCGACAGAGAGCAUAAGCCAUAUGUAGGGCUAGGGUCCAUCAUUUACAACAGCGGAAGUGUAACCGACUCCUUCAGCCAUAUGGCCAGCAGUAUAACCAACCAGAUUUGCUCGGGCGCAAAGGGUACUCACGUCCGCGGGCUGGCCAUUAGGACCGAGACUUUCGUUCAUGUCCGGUGGCCAUGGAUUCUGGUUCCGACAAUCCUGGUUGCAAUGUCCCUCGUCUUCUUCCUUAGCAUGGCCUUUCGCAGUCGUGGCCAGCCGGUGCUGUGGAAAUCUUCUAUCUUCCCGCUACUCAUAGGACAGCUGGAAACGAAUGCAGGACAUGAAAUUGCACAUCUGCGUCAUGUUGGGAAGAUGCAGGGCGUGGCAAAGAAUAUCAAUGUGGUGGUUGGUGUUCUUUGA